CCUGAACACCACACGGACAUGUAGUCUGGCGGCAGCGGAGCGUCGCAGCCAGUGGCAGCUGGGAAUGUGAGGGCUCUGGCUGCUCCGCUAUUUCGGGAACGAGUUCUGGAGAAGUGGCCGGGAAGCAGCGCGUACCCGGUCUCAAUCGUUAGCUUUUACUUCAGGACCCUGGAGCGGUCCGAAGUCGUCGAAUCCUCUCAACUCGUUCAAUGCUCAGCGCGCUGGAGGAAACCGACCGGAGCGUCGUCUCGGUUCGCUGUGUUUGGACCUGCUCGCUGCAAGUCUGGUGGAGCCCUUGUUGAGACGUUAGCAGUCGUACGCCUUUAACCGAACCUAUAAUUCAUGAUUUCCGCUGCUUCCCAGCCUCCAACCCACUCAUGCCGACGAUGGACUGAAACCUGCGGCGGGGGCGAACGACUCAACCUGCCGCGAUUCUCCUGCCUGUAAAUAAAUAAAUGAUAGAGGAUACGAUGACCCUGCUGUCCCUGCUCGGUCGUAUCAUGCGUUAUUUUCUGCUAAGACCGGAGACCUUGUUCCUGCUGUGCAUCAGCCUGGCACUAUGGAGUUACUUCUUCCACACGGACGAGGUGAAGACCAUCGUCAAGUCCAGCCGGGAUGCGGUGAAGAUGGUGAAGGGGAAAGUGGCCGAGAUGAUGCAGAACGAGCGCUUCGGGGGGCUUGACGUCCUGGACGCGGAGUUCUCCAAGACCUGGGAGUUGAAGAGCAACAACGUCGCCGUGUACUCCAUCCAAGGCCGGCGAGACCACAUGGAGGACAGGUUCCAGGUGCUCACCGACGUCGUCAACAAGACUCACCCAUCUAUAUUUGGGAUUUUUGACGGACACGGUGGAGAGGCGGCUGCUGACUUUGCAAAGGCCCACCUGCCCGAGGCGCUUCGCCAGCAGCUUCUGACCUACGAACGGGAGAAAGAGCGAGACAGAGAAAAAGACAAGGAUGAGAAAAAGGAGCGCGGCGGCCCGAGCUAUCCGUCCAUCCUGGAGCAGCAGAUCUUGAAUUUGGACAGAGAAAUGCUGGAGAAGCUGUCUGCCACCUACAAUGAAGCAGGAACGACGUGUCUGGUGGCCUUGCUGUCUGACAAGGAACUGACCGUCGCGAACGUUGGAGACUCGCGUGGAGUUCUCUGCGAUAAAGAUGGCAACGCCAUCCCUCUAUCCCACGACCACAAACCAUACCAGCUGAAGGAGCGCAAAAGGAUCAAGAAAGCUGGAGGCUUCAUCAGUUUCAACGGCUCCUGGCGUGUUCAGGGCAUCCUGGCCAUGUCCCGCUCUCUCGGCGACUACCCCCUGAAGAACCUGAACGUGGUCAUCCCAGAUCCCGACAUCAUGUCCUUUGACCUGAACAAGCUGCAGCCGGAGUUCAUGAUCCUGGCGUCGGACGGGCUGUGGGACACCUUCAGCAACGAGGAGGCGGUGCGCUUCAUCAGGGAGCGACUGGAAGAGCCUCAUUUCGGAGCCAAGAGCAUCGUCCUCCAGUCCUUCUACCGCGGCUGUCCCGACAACAUCACUGUCAUGGUGGUGAAGUUUAAAGGCAAAGCCAGCGAGCAGUAGUCGGCUCUCGGCCUCCCAUGCAGUGUCUGUGUCAUGUUUAGGAAUGUGUUUUAAAUGUAGCCAAAUUGGCCCCUGACGGAUUCUAACUCAUCCAUUUUAAUGAUGUAAACGCUUCAUUUCGACUGUGUUCCGACACUGUACAGCCAGCUGGGUUAUGCAAUUACAUGGAUUAAGCUUUGUUCUGUUUUUUUGGUAUGUGUGUGUGUGUGUGCUGCGAUCAACUUGUGGCCAAUUCACUUUGUAAAAUGAUUCGACAACAGUCCAGAUUCACUUCUCUUUAAUCGACAAGAAUGCAAGCGAUAUUUUUAUACUUUUAUUUUUUUUUAUCAUGGUGAAGUGAGGGAUUGAAGAGAGCAGGUGAGGCCCUGCUCUGAUGGGUCAGAUGGGGGUCGUGGUCCACCAGGGCUGCGGCCGUGGCAGCACACACUCUAAAGGGUCAUUUAUCAUUUCAGUAAUAUACUGUAUUUACAAUCCUCAAAGAAAAAAAAUGUUCAGAUUGUGUAGCAAUAACAAGGUCGACAUCAUGUUGUUGUUUUUUUGGAUGUUCAUCAUGUUGUCGAAUCUGGAUGUGUGUGUUACUGUGUCACCUGUUGUAACUAGAGAUCGUUGCAGUAAAUCUCUAUCUUAAAAAUGUUCACGCUAGAAUGUUGCUCAUUAGGAAUGUGUCUUCGGUCACCAAUUUAAAAAAAAAUGAAUUUGACUGUCAUUUUCAACCUCAAUGAUGACCUCUCUUCUGUAAUAUUCAGCUGACUCAGCAGUUCUCUCACAGUGAUUCUUUAAACAACGUCUGUUCUGAUUGCCUUAAUUUCUUGAUCAUCACUUCAUCUGCCGAACAUCUCAGUGUUCACCUCACCUGUCCCCUCCUCCUCCUGCUCCUUCUCCUGUUCCUCCUGCUCCUCCUCCUGCUCCUGUUCCUCCUCUUGCUCCUCGAACACCACCGAUGUCUGGAUUGUUUAACUUCAUCAUAUCACGUGUUCAAAUCUUAGAUGAGCGGAUGUGUAUGUGCCAUUUGUACUUGUUUUGGUAACUUUAUUAAAAACACACACACAAAUGUAAAUUAAAGUGGAAACAUUAAAAUUGUAAAUGAAUAUAUUAAC